UUUUUUUUAAUGCAAUUAGUAGAUGGCUUUCUUUUUGGAUCCCAAUCCAGAUUGUGUGGUGGAAUGCCUUAAGACUUGCUGCAGUGAAUCAUAUCCUCCAAGAUUUCCGCCAAUCCGCAGUGGAGACUACAUGGAAGAGCGCUUCAAACUUACGAGCUGCUUACCAAGAAUAUGGGUAAAGCACCCUAGAAAAUUCACCCUGCACAAACCCUUGUCUGAAGAUGAAUGUGGUGACCUUAUUAUUAUUAUUAUUCAAGAAUAUGGUAGCAUUAGUCGUAUCUUGUUACUUGGUGCAUGUAUUGUUGAGCUCGAAAAUUUUACUCGUAAUUAAGCAAGAUUAUUAAGAAGAAAAUAAAUAAACAAUAAAAUAAAAACCGUUUUUGUGUGAAAGAUUGAA